AGACUCACUUGCAACCCCACGACCACCACUUAAUCCUCAACAUAUUGACGCGACAUCCACUAUUCGCUGUUAUACUGGUUGCAAAACGUACAACUGUUUACUCCUGCAUCGAAAAAGGCUGGCUCGAAGUCAGGCGCGACUUCUUCCGUGCAAUUGAUACCUGCAAUGGAUCUUUCAGAGCCGGGCGCAGGUUUGGACUAUAGCGUUGUCGACGUGAAUGCGCCAUUCACCAAGGCGGAGCGGCUACAGCAGCUAAGUGAAAUAGACCAGGACAUCGCAUCUCUUCUCGAAAAGGCCGGCCGGGUCAUCGGCUCGUUGAAACCCAACCCCGACUCCGCCCCUGACCCCUCUGCCGAACUACAAGAUCCCCCACAACUUUCUGCGUGCAAGGCCGCGACGGACGACUUCUUUGCGACUCUGCAAUCCGUCAACAUACGCCUCAAGCGUCAGAUCUACGGCCUCGAGGAGGCUGGCAUCAUCACACUGUCGCAGCCCACCAUCACCGCCGCCGGCAAGACCAAGCCCAAGGGUGAGCUCCCAACCAUGAUCAAUGCCAUAGUGCCCCCCGUUCAGCCGAACGGUGUCGGUGGUAUGGGUGCGGGCAACCUCGAUGUCGGAUGGCUCAACAGCAGGAGCAACAAGGUCGACCGCGACAUGGAGGCUGAGCUGUGGGCACGUGCCAGACAGCAUCUCGAAAGCGUCGCUGCUGCAGAUGCGAACGGUGCCGGUACGGCUGCUGAUUAUCCAAUGUCUGGCUGAAAGGUUUCAGUCAAUUCGGGACGACCUAUUUGUUCGUUCUUUACUCACUUCAUAUUUUCUUGCGUCUUUCCUACUAGAACUAGAACUAGCUAGUUCUAGUUGUUAUUGGGAGUAGAUGAUGCAUAUAUUUUCUCAACCUCUAGAUGUCUGGCAUUGGGAACACGGGCAUGGCGUUUCAGUUUUUUUAGUCGGCUUUUCUUAGAAAGAGAUACCCCUGGGUUAGCAAUGCAAUUUUUUUCUAAUUCACUGAAGUCUGCAACUAGAUUAUGUAUCUCCAGGGGUACUAAAAAAUAAAACAAAAAUAAAAAAACUUAAAGAUAUGGA